CCGGGCUGAGCCCCCACCGGCCCCGAAGAUAUUAAAGGAGCACUUUAACAAAUCCCUCAAAUACAUCUGGUGAUACUUACUGAUGGGUCUGACUGGAAUAAAUAUGGUCGUCCCUCAUUCCAACCACAAAUUAGUAAAGAAACUCCAAAUGGACGAACACCACUGAAGAAAGCAAAAUGGAAAUUACUUGGCAUCUUCACAUUGUUAAAGUCAACCUAAGGGCUCCUCCAGCUACAGCAGCUAAAGCAUAUUCAAUCUGGACAAGUUUCCCAGACGGGCUUAAGAAGAAACAAAGCUCCGUGCAUGUGAAUCCUGAUCGCCGAGUUUCUCCCGGAAACUAGUUUGAAUCGGAGGUGUCCUGAACAUUAAAAUUGUUAUUGCUUUGGUAUUUACAUUCUACUGAACUGAGUAUGCCAAAGCCUGCCUGUGCUUCCUGGGAUAAUUUUCAGAACAAUCUCAUUAGACAUCUCUACUUUUCAAAACCAGCAUUAGUGGUCCAAGUUCCAGCAAUAUUUACAGAAACAGCAAAUGAUACUAAUGGAAGUAAGGAGAUUUUCAGCCUUUUGGAUAGUAUCUUUUGGAUGGCAGUGCCCAAAAACAGACGCAGCAUUGAAGUUAACCGGUGUAGGAGAAGAAAUCCUCAGAAGCUUAUUAAAGUUAAGAACAACAUAGACGUUUGUCCUGAAUGUGGUCACCUGAAACAGAAACAUGUCCUUUGUGGCUAUUGCUAUGAGAAUGUGUGCAAGGAGACUGCUGAAAUCAGAAGACAGAUAGGGAAUCAAGAAGGGGGCCCUUUUAAGGCUCCUACUGUAGGGACUAUGGUGCUGUACAGGGGAGAGACACCAUCUCAACAAGAUCAGGGCAAGAGGAUCAUUGAACGAGAUGGAAGGCGACCAUCUUGGUUCACCAGAGGUGUUUAAAGAGGGUAACAUAACAUAAAACAUUUCUUCUGGGAAAGAGGGAGAUUUUUGUUUUUAGUGUUUUGUGUCUGUUUCAAAAUCAUCAAUAUAGCUUAAAACUUUCUUCAUAAGCAGUUUUGUGUGGAUAAUUUGAAGACUGUAUCAGCAAUAAAGUCUGUAAAUGUUUGUUUAAGCAGAGGCUUGGUGGAUUUAUAUGUCUCUUUCUAUUAUUAGGUUUUAAGUAAACAUUAAAUUUCCA